AUGAUUAUUCGCCCAUCCUCCGGUGGUGGAUUAAUAUUGAAAAAAUUUACAUAUAUUGCCGAAAUCUAUGGGAAAAAUACUUUGUACUUUAAUGGACCCUAUGCAUUUUUGGUCACAAGUGAUCCCGUAACCAUUAAGGAUAUUCUAACUUCAAAACUUUGCUUUGAUAAGCCCGAUGUUGCAUAUGCUGGAAUUAAACACUCUAUUGGCAAAGGUUUAAUAUAUGUGGCAGGAGAACAAUGGUACCAUGACAGAAAAAUAUUAAAUGGAGCUUUUAAAAGCGCAAAACUGCAAGCACUGCUACCCACAUUUAAUCGCAGAAUUGGAGGCCUGUUACAUAAUAUCGAUCGGGCUAUAGAUUCUGGCAGCGAAGUCCCUUUGCAAAGUUACUGCAUGAAUACACAAUUUUCGUGGCACUGGCAAUUUGCGAUAAAGUCCAAAGUAGAAACUAGAUCCUCAAGUUACUUGCCGGCAGCAUGUACAAAGCAAUUGGCCGGUUUGUGUGUUUCGAAGUACAUAUCUGAAAUGAUGAGCAAUGUUAUUUAUUUGAUUGGAUUUGUGCGAGCACUUGCCAGAAGAACAAUAUUCAAAGAAGCAGCAGGCACCAUUGAAGACGCCUUAGAUCUUUUGGCGGAGUCACUGAACAAUUUAACAGAACUGCGCGGAUCUGAUCCCAGUUACAUUGAGAGUACCGCAACAGUGGUCGAUACUUUGGAAAAGGCUGUUCAUCGAGAUGCCAUUACCAGAGAAAAUGCUAAAACGCAUUUGAUGCACCUGCUAAGUGGCGCUUUUGAAACAAGCCCCAAGACUUUGUACUACACAUUCAUGCUAUUGGCCAUGCAUCCCGACAUCCAGCAAUUGGCCUAUGAGGAAAUCUGUGAUAUUUUCCCCGCUGAUGAUGAUGGCGACUUCGAUGUUAAUUAUAAACAUCUUAACCAACUGGUCUAUCUCGAUAUGAUAAUUAAUGAAUCCCUUAGACUCUGGCCAGUUGUACCCCAAGUUGGAAGGCAAGUUAGUGGCAGCGAUCUGAAGCUGAGCAACGGCGUUGUCUUACCCAAAGGACUUCGAAUUAUGAUCGACAUUUACAGUUUGCACCGCAGUCAGGAAAUAUGGGGAGCAGACGCUCACAAGUUUAAUCCGGACAACUUUCUUCCACACAAUAAAGACUCAAGGCAUCAAUAUUCGUAUAUUCCGUUUACUAAAGGCCUACGAAAUUGUAUAGGGAUGCGAUAUUCCCUUAUCGUAAUGAAGAUCGUGCUGGCAAGGCUACUGAAGAGGUACGAAUUCUCAACAACAGCCAAAAUAGAAGAUCUGGUUUUUGAAAAUCAUGUUUCGCUUUAUUUGACAAACACCCCGGAACUAAAAAUUUUAAGAAGAAAGAAAAAUGCAUAA